AUGGAACGCGAUAUAAGUGAAGCUCUCAGCCAAGUUCUGCACGAUAGCGGCUAUGACUUUGGAGGGGAUAGGAUUGUCGACGACAGCACGACUGUGCAGGUCAAAAAUCCAGGAGCUAGGCGUACUGGUGAACAAAUGGAGGUGUUCUACAGUCGAACCACUCAUCUCCUUUCACAACCCAAUUCUGACGAUGAAGAUUUUGCACAUUUUCCUUCAAUUUCAGCAACCCUAUCCGAUUCGGAAGCGCUAACGGAGCGCUGUAGAGUUGAUUCAAUUCGUGGUGCAUCUGGUGCCAGUGAUGAUGAAGGACGUAAGCAUAUGGUACUGAAAUACAGAAGAAGACGAGGAGGACAAUGGAGACAAGUUCAGCGGAGUGACAGCCCUGUACGUAAAGGAGACGAGGACGAACUCGAAGUUGACGUCACCGAGGAAUGUUCAGAGACGACUGGUAUUGUUACAAAGACAUACGAAGCACGUUGGAAAGUUUUGAAAUAUGAACAUCUACCGGAAUGGCUACAGGAUAACGAGUUUUUACGACAUGGCCACCGCCCUCCACUCCCUUCAGUUGCUGAGUGCUUUAAAAGUAUUUGGUCGCUCCAUACUGAAACUGGGAACAUUUGGACCCAUCUUAUUGGCUGUUUGGCUUUUUUCUUUUUGGGGAUAUGGUUCCUUACCCGUCCUGAUAACCAUAUUCAAUGGCAAGAAAAGAUUGUAUUCUCCUUCUUCUUCGGCGGUGCCGUUCUCUGCUUAGGUCUUUCUUUCGCUUUUCAUACUUUAUGCUGUCAUUCGAUAAAUGUCGGCCGCAUCUUUUGCAAACUAGAUUAUAUGGGCAUAUCCCUUUUAAUAGUUGGAUCGUUUAUCCCUUGGAUUUAUUAUGGCUUCUAUUGCCGCAUGGAGCCAAAGAUCACGUAUAUUGGAAUGGUAUCUGUGUUAGGCGUUGCCGCUAUAAUUGUUUCGCUUUGGGACAAAUUCAGUGAAUCUCGUUUUCGGCCUUUGCGAGCUGGUGUAUUUGUAGGGAUGGGGUGCAGUGGAAUUCUUCCAACUGUUCACUAUAUAAUAACUGAUGGUGUCCGUUCUUUAUUCGAAGACAAUGCCUUCCAUUGGCUUCUUCUCAUGGCUUUCCUCUACCUUCUUGGAGCUCUACUUUACGCUACUCGUACUCCUGAGCGCUUCUUCCCGGGUAAAUGUGAUAUUUGGUUUCAAUCUCAUCAGCUAUUCCACACUUGUGUUGUGAUCGCUGCAUUCGUUCAUUAUUACGGCAUAUCGGAAAUGGCAUGGAUGAGGCUGAAUGGCCAAUGUCCAGCCGAUGCCCUUUCAUUUAUAUCUCGAACAGAUUUGUAA